AUGGAGGUUGAGGCUCUGGAGGGGAACGAUGUCGACUCAUCUGGCUGUGGUCUACACAAGAAAGACCCAGGGAAGGUCUUCUUAAGGACCCACGCUCCGAAAACUCCCGCCCGAUACGAAAACACUCGUGGGUGGCUGUUCAUUUACGGUUUCGCUUUAGAUCGACGUGUUUCAGCCCCGCACGUCGAACCUCCCUCGCCCCACUGUCUGUUGUCAUCUUAUUUAGUCGCCAUAUCUGGGUGGCCCGUGGUCAGCGCCUUCAGCUCUGGGCAGAGCGUGGAACUGGCAUCGGGAACGUUUGCAGGUGCCCUCCAGGUCCGGGCGCGACGGGCAAGUACGCUAUCCACGUGGUCACCAGGGACUCGCUCCUGGCAGGUUCCAGAAACCUGGUGCAGCUGUGGCUCGUGGGCGAACAGGGGGAGGCCGACCUGGGCAAGAAGCUGUGGCCCAUGCGCAGUGAGACGGGAGUUCGAGGUCAGCGUCCCCGUGCACCUGGGGCGCCUCCUGCUGGCGAAGCUGCGCAAAAUCCUGCUGGACGACGCCUGGUUCUGCGAACGGAUCUCUGCGCGGCCCGGGACCCAGGGCGAGGCCCGCUUCCCCCACUAUCGCCGGGUGCGGGGCGACCAGGUCGUCUGCCUGCCCGAGGGCACCGCCCGGACCCUGAGCGACGACCACCAGGACUUCCUUCAGGCGCAGGGGGAGCAGGAACUCCAGGAGAGAAAGAAGGUGUACCGGUGGGGCUCCCGGAAAGACGGCCCAAUCCUGCCGGUGGCCGGUGGCCGGAGGACGCAGUGUGACCUCCCCAGGAACCAGAGAUUCCUGGAGGAUAAGGAUUUUGACUUCAGGGUCUCGCCGAUGAAAGCGCCAGCGCCUGGGGGAGGGGCUCUGAAAGAAGACGGGGAGACCGGAGGGAGGGGGGACGCUAGCGGAUCAGGAGCUCGGGGCUCCCCGCAGGCUUCGGAACGGAUGUCUUCAGAGCGGGUUCGAAGUUCAGGGAAGGAGGACGCCUUCUUUGGGUACCAGCUCCUCAAGGGCGCAAACCCCACGCUCCUGAGGCGGCACCAGUCUCCCAGCGCGGCUGCUGGUGCCUCCGGGGUCGGAAGAGCCCGAAACCCGGUGGUCCGGGCACUGCAGAAUCAGGUGCUAGCAGCAUCCUUCACUCCGGCUUGA